GCUUUUCUCUCCGCUUCUCAAGUAAUUUUGGCGCAAAAGAGAACGUGCUGAUCAACAUAAGCUAACUGUCUUUGUUAGACAUUUGUCAAGAGCUUUAAAACUGUAUAUUGAGGACGUUGUAAGUAACUACAGUUCCUGUGGUCUGCGGCGACUUUUGUAGCAACUGAUUGGUGGAAAUUCCUGAAAGCCACUAAGUGCUGUGGAUGUCGACAGAUGCAACAUAGAAUGCAGCUCCCCAUCACCUGAUGCAUUCCUUUGCCUACCUUUACCACUGCAGAUCCUCCGGUUUGAUCUCACCAGUAAUGUUUACAGGAAACUCACAUGAUUGAAGCCAAAGAAAACCAGUCGCCCGGAUGCAACAUAUCAGCAGUCACUGUGAAGGAGUGUACGGAUGCCUUAGUUAUCUCAGACAAAGCUUUCCAAUCGAUGCCUAAUGAUUGGCACCAUCCGUGACAUCCAGAAGAUGGCCAGAAUAACACCGGUACCCAGAAAAGAAUCGUGGUAGUGUUGAACUGUUGCGUACACGUCCACGUCGUUAAAGAUAUUUGAGAAACUAUUCAUACCGCACUUUUUUCAAGCAGUCAUACUGCUACACUUAUCAGCUUGAGUAAUCCCCUUCAAAUGUUCUGGCGAUCAGCGGUCGAAUAAUCGGAUCACUCGCUUACUGUUUCCAGAGGCAACUAUUUCGUUUGAAUGCACGCUUCACUGGCAUACAUCGGUCGCGCAUGCACAGUGGAUGAUGACGAGCCCCCAGAGACACCCACCUACAACUCACUGGACAGUCAGUCAGGUGGCGCACGUGAGAAGUAUCCUCAGGCUGAUACCGGACUGGCUUUACGUGAACUGGUUGACAAAAGUCUCCCUCUUUCCGCCUCUAUCGGUAUGGUGACUUUGCUGAACAAGGUCGCUCACCUUUGCCAAGAGCCUCAUAGAAGAAACGGAGAAGAACCGACGUUCCUUUGCCAACAUACACGAUGCUCUGAUGAGCUCUCAGGAACAGAUCAAACUGCACACCUAAUUCAACCGACUCGAUUACACCGGCUCUGUGAAUUGAUAUCUGGUGCCGUUAGACUGGACGUACUUGAUGGUGUCACUAAUGAAAUUGGAAGUGGUUUGUUUGACUUGACCAGGCACGCUGAGAUCACUGCAUUAGAACAGUAUAAAAAUUUUGAGCAAUGUAUCAGAGCUUUGUUUUACAACCCAAACUUAUCUGCCUUCCCAACCACAGAUCAGCGCAUCCGGUGCACGCAAGGUUGCCACUCGGCAUCCCCUUUUCCUCACACUCCCAGCAUCAGUAACCAGUUAGGUGAGCUGCGUGUUCUUUGUGAAGGCAUACGACAGUGCUUGUCCCAAGUAACUCAGUUCACUCACGAAAAACACACCAUUUGUCACUUCACUGAUCGUAUGGCUCAUGGUUCCAUGAGGUCUGUGUACGAUUCAGAACUCGAUACUCUACCCCAUUACUUCAAUGUGAAACUCAAUAGUUUGAUUUGCACAUCUUUGCUUGCUGCCCACCAUCUGGCGUACAGUGGCCUCUGUACUAUAGCGCACAUCGAACUGACCUGUUUCACUCAUGGUGAAUUGUGGGAAAUGCUUCGAGGUGUGGAAGAAUUAGACAUUCUCAGUAACUCCGUCCAUACAAUGCGCCAAACAUCCCGUACACUGGCGGUAGUACAAAAUCUCUUUCAGGCCGUUGCAUAUCUAUCUUCUUCAUCGUUAAUUGAGCAACUCAUGAUACAUCAGAAUUUAUUUUGGGAUCCUAUUCUCUCGGUGUCAUCGGUUUCUCUUGGCUACUUGUUUGUACUGCUUGCCCACCACCGGUCCUUCAGACUGUCCUAUGCAAUUUACUGCGAGUUGUUAAGCAUUUCGAAUUACAGCGAUCCUUCUGAAGCUGGGCUCAAGGAUAAACCUUUAGACGAUCCGAAGUCAAAGCACACGUUGCUGGAGGAGUUUCGCCGCUAUCUCAACGAACACUAUCACCGCACUGAUCCAGAUUACCUCCGAGCUGAGUACGACUUUAUUGCAAACUUUUUGGAUGUGUUAUCGCAAUCAACAAACUUACUGCACCAGGUGCAAACGCUGAAGGCAGUCUGCACUACUGGUACUGGUGCUCAAGCAAAAAGAACGGAAAUUCUCCGAGAAACGCAACUACCCACGGCUUCUACAGCAACCGUUCUGGAGCCUGAUAUGCCUCACUCGUUCCGUGCUCUAAGUGUGGAGGGAAAGCAUGGUAUCCUUCUGCGGCGCGACUCCGGAGACAAGGCAUCUGGUUCAGCUCACUUCAGUCAACGCGUUCGUUCAUCACAAGAUCGGAGAAACUUCAUCUUGCAGUUCCAGGACACACUUCAUCGUGCAUGCACUUUCGAUCGUUAUGUGGCAACUGGCUCGGUGUUGUGCUCACCCAUGAACUCGGAUAGCCUAACUUCAAAAUAUCCAGCAACGGUUGUCCCCACUGGUACACCAGGGGCGCAGAUUUCAGCUGGACAACACAGUAGUAAGAAGUCUGUGCAAUGGAGCGAUCAUCGUGAAGUCAGUAUUAGGCACCAAGUAAUUAGCAGGUUUUUGGAAAUGAUUUGGCAUCAUACUGAAACAUUGCUCAACGACUUAGUCCUUUGUCCACCAGCGUCAUCCGUUGCGGCCUGCCAAGUAUGCGAUUUACCGCCGUGUAGACAAACAGAUCACGACCUCAAUGCCCCCUUAAAUCCACCCAAAGUGAACGCUCAUUUUGUUACCUGCUUAACUAUGUCAUCUGUGGGGCUGCAGCAGUUAUCUCGGCGUAUCAAAGAAGUUGCCAAGGCUGAUAUCUUCCCCAUUGGCCUGGCCCCAGCCAUCGGACGACAGGCAUUGAUUCUGGAACAUUUGGCCCACCGUCGGUGCUGCUAUGCCGAUAUGGUAAAACAUAAGCAUCGUCUGCUGAACCUAGCUGCGGUGAACCUGCCCCCGGCUACUUCAAGUGAACGGCCUCAGUACCUGAAGCCGGAGUCUCCCAUCUCCCAACGUGUUGCCUGCCACUCAGAUUGCGAGAGCACGUGGAAUUUUCCAAAGCCGUUUUUCUUGUCCGAAUGCUGUGUAUCGUUACGCGACAUUGCUUGUGCUUCCGCGACCUCAAACUUCAUUCAGCAAUGUCUAUCCGCGGCUUCACCCAUGUCAUUAGAUCCACAGAACAAAUUCCCCCAUUUUCUUCCCGUCUUGCAGUCGAGAGAGUUUUGCACGAGUUUUAUUCCUCUGCUGCAGCUUACGUUUACUUGUGCUCGAGCACUUGGAAACUGCGUUCCCGGCGGUUUACACCAUCAAGUCACACACAUUGAAAAACAAUUGCGAGUAAUCGGUCGACGAUAUCGGGUCGUGUCCGAUGAGUCAUCGGUGUCUGCUAGUGUGAACCACGGUAGUGGUGUUUACGGACGCGUUCUUCGAGAGGUUGGCGAUGACAAUCUUAUUCGACCUGAACCCAUCAAACCCACUCUACCCACUGACGGAGCUCAGCUGGACUCCCUUUUGGAGAUUCGCUCCCCCAUGGCUGCUGGUUUCCAACCUGUGCCUAAAAGUAUUCAGGCGAUCACCGAUGCUUUGAUCGCCGCGUCCCAUGACCCUUCCGCCAUGGCAUCUGCUUUGAUUAACCGACUUUCUCGCAGCUUGUCCAUUGAAUGCAGCACAUCGAAAACUCAUGGCGACAGUCCCAAUCAACAUUCUUUUUCUGGACCAGACACUGAAUUGAUGCCUCAGCGUAACUCCAUUGCUUUCGAGAUCCCGAACGAUGCACCGAUUGGUGGAGUGCGUCGUCUUCCUCAGCGUCGUGUGCCUCCCUCAACACGUAUCCGCCGUAACUGCGCACUCCCUGACCCCAAGCGCACUCACACCACCAACACAGUCGUGUAA